CUUUAUUACAACAAUAUAUAUACUCUUCACUUGUGCCUCACCAAUCACUGCCUCGGAAUCCAUCCUUAUUCUCCAAUGCCACUAAAAAUGACACAAUCAUAUUUACUUCUCCUAUCCAUAAUCCUCUUCGCUUCCCUUACACUUUCCCUCUCCUCGACACCAAGCCUACCUUUCCACAAAAAGCCCGACAACGAAACCGUCUACAAAGCCUCCAAACAACUUUGUAUCGGGUGUACAUGGGAAUCACUACAAUUCUUGUUUGCCCAGAACAUGGUUCGGGCAGCCAAGUGGGAACUCCCAUUAGGUUGGGAUUUCCAACUCCAGAGAUACGCCCAAUGGUGGGCAGGGCAAAGACAAGGAGAUUGUGAGUUGAUGCAUUCCUUUCCCGAGGACGAUUUUAAGUUAGGAGAGAAUAUAUAUUGGGGAAGUGGUUCAUCAUGGUCUCCUGUUGAUGCCGUGAAUACAUGGGCCGGGGAAGAGAAAUAUUAUAGAUAUGGAAGUAAUACUUGUGCGACUGGGCAACAAUGUGGGCACUAUACACAAAUCGUGUGGAAGACCACGCGACGUGUUGGUUGUGCUAGAGUUGUUUGUGACACUGGUGAUGUGUUUAUGACUUGCAACUAUGACCCCGUUGGAAAUGUGAUCGGCGAACGACCAUACUGACUAGCUGAUGUAGUAUAAGUAUUUUGUCAAUUUAGACUGGAUUAGUAAAAGAUAUGAUCAGUCGCCUUUAUGAUGUCUGUUACAUUGUAGUAGUAAUUGUAGCAUGUAAAAAUUACAUAUUACUACAUAAUGAAAUAGAAUUGAGCCUAGGAAUAAUUCUAUUCUAA